CAAACAUCCCCUUAAUAAACAUAUCGCCCGUUGAGCAGCGGCCGGCGUCUCUUUUACCACCAAGCUGACAAGAGGCGACCCACCCAAUCUGCCGCCGCAAUAACUCCGUUAUCACCACCUGUACUGUACCCCAGCAACGAACCCGUUCAGCCUAGUUCUCGAAUCCAUCGUAGUUGUACAUCCUCUACUUCCUCAGUCAAAAAGAUUCUAUCAGAAUGCGUGGCGGCGCUGAUUAUCAAUCCCUUGUCUUCCCUCCUCAUAUAAUCUUUUACCCAUCGUGGUCUUCGAAUUCAAAUAUUCUUCUUCAGACUGUACAUAUCUUUGUUGGAUCUUUCUCUCUUAAUUUGCAGAAAACACUUCAAUCGAUGGCCUCCUGGUGGUGCCCAACAUGCUUCUUAGCUUCUUUAAACCCAAAGUUUUUGAGCCAUGGAGAAGACACCACACUCUAUUCCUGAGCCAAGUGUCAAAGGAAUAAUGCAACGAUUAUUACUUGACUUGAACCAAUUGCCAUUGGAUAUAAGUGAGGAACCAAAGAAUGAUGUGCCUCCACCUCCCCCUUUCACUAUUGACUUGACUUUCCAUAAUGAAGAUAUGGAAGUGCUCAAACAAAAAUAUAAGGUCUUGACCUCCUCCUCCUCCUCAUCAUCAUCAUCAUCAUCAUCAUCAUCAUUUGUCAGCAACGAUUACUUGAAAAACUUAGGGUUUGAAGAUGGUUGCCCAACUAUGAUGCGUAUUAGAAAUAAAAAGGUUAAAAUGCCUAGAAACUCCAACAAUGCCCUUGCUCGUUCUUUGUUCAAGGAACUCACUAAGAAAAAUGAGGGUGAAGAUUUGAUGGUGUCACUUUAUGAGCCUAUAGAAGGGAACAAGGACAAACAGAAGGGAAAAGAUCAGGUUGCACAUCGUUUAGCUGCAAAGAGCCUUUUAAGGGACUUUGUGUUGCAGUCCAAGGAUCGAUACAGUGUAAUUAGGAAGAAGGGGAAGAAGAAGGUUCGUUUUGAUUGUGGUCCUCUUGAUGGGAUAUGGAAAAAGAAGCCUCUUCCAAAGAAGCGAAGUGGCAUAGUGAUAUUUGACAAAGAGUUUGAAACUUUCAAGUAGAAAGUAGUUGAAACUAGAGUUUGAUGUUAAUAGUUUUCAUCUUUAUGUUUUGUGGGAUAUGAUUUUCAAUACUUGAUCUUAUUUUGGGUCAUCUACUGAGAUGUUUUGGAGUAGAGUUGCAAAACAGGACUAAUAAAGACAAGUUUUUGUGGGGUAU